UAGAAUGGUAUAAUGUACUGAAAUUAUUCGUUUCUUAUUAAUUGAAUCCCUUCAGUCUCAAAGAAGACCACGUAUUGCUAUGUCGGGACAAGAUACGGGGAUCUUGAUUGGUGGGCUCAGCAGGGAUGCGUGAAUACUGUUACAUCUGGGCUAGGGCGGGGUGUCUGGUCUUUGACAACACUGAGUGAUUUAUAACUGCAUUUACUAGCCCGAGUCCCCGGAUCAAGUGAAGAAAAUGAUACAACGUUACGAAUGCAAUUUGAUAUCAAUCUAAGACUUGAGACCAAAGCACGCUGCGCGCGCAUUUACAUCACACGACGGAAGUGCCCAGCAGAAACAUCGAGGAAAAAGCGACAACGGAGUGAAAACGAAGCGGAAUUAGUCAAUGAGAGUGAGUGAGGGAGGAGAGGAGAGAGUGGAGGAAAGAAAGGAGAGUAGGCUAUUCGGCUGCAGGGUUCGGUCGAGGUGGACGUGGCGAGUCCGAUUCAGUUUGAAGCCAAGCAAUUGUGGCGACCGAAAGCCGAAGCCUAAAAAGCCAUGAAUCGAAGAAACCGCAGGGGCUUUGAAGAUAGGUGUAGCUCCUAACCCGAAGUAGAAGGCUUGGCGUCACAACGAGCCGUGCUGUCAGAGGGACACGCGUGGUCUCCGGCUCUUUCCAGGGGCGAAGUAGUGCCAUUCUCCGACCCGCUACCGGCCUAACUGGAGACCGGGUGCAUUGGGUCUCUGCAGCCAUGGCGGAGCCGGAGACUGAGUGCAUGGCCCUAGGACUCGGCACGCUGCACGCAUCCGAGUGUGGCUCGCCGCCGCUGGACCCACUCCGCCCCCAGUGCACCUCACCCACCCUCCAUCUGCUGUCGUCCGACUGCGGUACUCUGAACUCGCUGGAGGCGGAAGUGGCCGAGCCCAUGGUCAUGCUACCCUGCGUGAAGACUGAGCCCGUGGAUGAGCUGGAUCCCAUCCGCACCGUGGACCUGUCGGAGAUCCAGCCACUCAGCACGGCUGAGCUGGGCCACGACCAGAUCAAGAUGGAGAUCAGCGGGCUGGACUACAUCAAGUCAGAGCACCGUGGCCACGACCUGCACUGCUUCCACAGCUCGGACUACGAGAGGGACUCGUACGAGAGAGACUCGUACUCUAUGAAGUCCCACUACGAGCCCAGCUUGGUGUUUGACUACAUCACCCACGUGUCGGACAGCCUGGACUACAUCAAGUCGGAGCAGCACGCGGACCUGCAAUGUUACUAUACGACCGAGCUUGGGGCCAUCAAGACCGCGUACGAGCCCAACCUGAUGCACAGUCACAUCAAGACCGAGAUGAGCCUGGAGUCCAUACACAUGGCCGAGCUCCGGACCGAGUUGAACAAGCUCAGCCACGAUGGGGUCAUGGAAGGCCAUAGGCUGGACAACGAGUUCCAGGGUGCCGGAGGCCUCUUCGAGCUACAGUCCGCCCAGCCGGGCAAAGGGCCGGGCAGUGCGGGCACAAAAGGGCACAGCACGGCCCCGCGCAAGCCUCGCAACCUCAGUGGCGAGAAGCCCUUUUCUUGCACCCAGUGUGGGAAAAAUUUCAGCACUCUGGGAAACCUCAAGACACACCAGCGCAUCCACACGGGGGAGCGGCCGUAUACCUGCUCGCAGUGCGGCAAGAGCUUUGGCCAGGCAGGGAACCUAAAGAGGCACCAGCUCAUCCACACCGGUCAGAAGCCCUACGUCUGCGCCCACUGUCCCAAGGGCUUCACAAAAGCGGACGACCUCCGCUCACACCAGCGUCUACACACCGGCGAGAAGCCCUUCUGUUGCCUCCAGUGUGGCAAGAGCUUUGGGCAGUCCAAGGAGCUCAAAGCCCAUCAGCUAAGCCACACCGGCGAGAGGCCCUUCUGCUGCCAACACUGUGGGAAGAGCUUUACCAAGGAAAUGAGCUACCGCAACCACCUGCAGAUCCACACAGGCGAGAAACCGUACUGCUGCUCUCAGUGCGGGAAGACAUUCAGCAACUCGGGGGUCCUCAAAACGCACGAGAAGAUACAUUCCGGUGUGAGGCCGUUCGGCUGCACGCAGUGUGGCAAGAGCUUUGGCCGCUUGGGACAUCUUAAAGCACACCAGCAAAUCCACACUGGGGAGCGACCUUUCGCCUGCCUCCAGUGUGGGAAGAACUUCAGCCAGUCUGGCCAUCUCAAAGCACAUGAGCAAAUUCACAAACGGGAGAGAUCAGACAUGAGCAGUAGCAGCUCUAGCAGCAGUGGCAGUAGUAGCAGCCGUAGUACUGACAGUAGCUAAAUACCUUUUAAUAACCUCUUCAAAGUAUUAUUCCUUCUUUUUUUUAUAAAUACUAUAUAUAAAUAUAUAUGUUUUCCCUUACACUUUUCUUACGUUUUUUCAUACCUUUUGUGCUUUUUGCAUUCUGUUCUUUCGGGGGUCAACUUGUGACUGAUUUGCGAUUAUGCAAUUCUCUGUGUUGAGAUCAGUGAACUUACUAAGGGACUUGUAGAAAACUUUGUAUAUCUCGUUUGAUCUGUGUUGUAGUGAGUGACAUUCCAGUUUCUUUCCUCAAGUAAAUUCACUCACGAUGUACACGCUUAUUGAUAACAUGUAAUUCCUAAACCAUGUACUGAAAAUAAUUAUUAAAGAAACUAAUGUAA